GUUCCUUACACUAAGUCUUAAACUUUCGACGUCUAGUUUACCCAUGCAUCGAAACAAAUAAUCAAAUCGAAUACAUAAUAUACAAUUCAAUCUUUCAAAUAUCUGGCAAUUUGAAGACCAAUCCUCAAUAAUGUCUUCCUCGCCGUCUCCAUAUCCUACUUCAAGCUACACCCCUCAUCGAAAUUCUCAAUCCUACUCUGGUAUAGAUCCAAAUGCACCACCACCACCACCGCCUAAACCAAAUUCCCGAGAUGUGAGUCGUCAAGGCACACCUGCGGGAACUGGAAAUCAAUCAUUUUCUAGACCUGGAGAACCAUCAGUGCAAUACGAAGGAAGACAAGAAAAUGUUCCACGAGAACAACUACAGCAAAUACAAGAUCCGGGAGAUCAAUGGCUUCCGAAAAUAUUGAUGGAUAAAUCGAAACAAGACCUCGCAUACGCACUAUCCAACCCUGCCCUUCUAGCCGCUCUCACACAUUCAACAGCUACCGCACACCCAUCCAUUUCCACAUCACAAGAACCAUUAAAAUCUGCAUUGGAUGACAAUAUCGCAUUAGCGACUCAUCUAUUGGAACUUGAGUCUCGACUUGAUCACCUGCGCUCCUCAACACAAGCUCAAUUAUUAUCCACACAUGCAUUGGAACGUCAAUGGAAACAAAAACAGUCCGAGAUGGAUAGAACUUUAGCUCCCUUCUCACCGAGCUCAUUAUAUCAAAGACUAGGACAAGGUGUUCAGGAACAAGAAAUGAUGUGUAGGGCAAUGGAAGAAAGUUUUCUGGAGGGUGACGGAGUUGCUACGGAAAGGGAAGCUAGUGAUUGGGUUAGAAAGUAUAGGGAAUCGAAAAAAGUUUAUUACUCCAGGAGGGAAAGGAAAGAUAGGUGGGAUGAAGGAAGAGUUGGGGGUUGGAGAUGAUAUGGAGGUUCUUAACAUAUCAUUUACUCGGAGUCUCGAGCGACGGAUAUUUACUUACAACUUGCGACGAAACGACCAUCUGGAUAUACAACAGGACCAUAGCAGUCGGUGAUCAUUGAGGUACUAUAUUGCAAGCUACAUAAUGUCACUAGUAGAGUGAUCCAAAAAUGUAGUACAGCACCGGUAAUAAAGGCAUGGAGACGUCGGGUGUGGUAUAAGAGGCUGGAGAUGAAAGGGCAGUAUAUUUCCUGGCAAGAGACUACGGAUGUUAGAAUAGGGAACACGAGACGAUAAAUGAAUACCGGCAUACAAGAACGUCAUGGUUUGGUAACGUUUGUGUACAAAUUCUCGGUUGGCUUCCACGAAAUUUUACAAGUGACGAGUUAUGAAACAUAGUUUGUGCCACCGGUCGAAUGAAGGCGAUUGAGAAAAGUAUAAUAUAUCGAUACAGUGUGCACAGGAUAGAAAUCGUGGGGCCGUGGGGAUUUAAAGAUGGGCGUGGAGAAUUAGAGGGGAAUGGGGAAGUGGACCUACCCGGUCUUGGAUAAAAGACAUUAAUCAAUCCAAUAACGCAAUAUCGGCAAUCAUCCACACUUCCCCGGCUUCUUCAAGAACCAAGAUUUAUUACCUCUAGUUUUGUACGACUGAUUGGAGAGCUUGAAGAUAGCCAAGCAAAUUCGAAUGUUGGUAAAGGUCCGAAUAGAUGCGGUGGUUGACCAAUUAAAGACAAGAAAUGCAACUACCGGGAGAGGGGAGAGAUUGGUGAGAUGGCAUCUUGUGUUACAUGCUUGGGAUAAAGAUGGAUGCGGCGAAACUCUAUCUCUCUUGAAGGUAUUUUGUGGUAUGAUUUGUGGUAUGAAAAGUAUCAAAGGCGCAGUACGAGGGUAGAUUAUGCAAUGUAAACGUGUGAAUCGGACGGGUAUUUCCGUUCUCACUAGAGAUUUUGCCUGAAUUCUUAGUGGGUGGUCGGUGUCUUCUUCAAGAUUUGCCAAAGUGGUUUAUGGUGUUACGUCUUUCUGGGAGGAGGGGAGGGGGUUUUCUCAUGCAGUUGGGCCUGCUUUGGUUGGGGAAGCACAACAGCAGAUAGAUUAGAUUACUUCUUGGGAGAUCCCGAGGUAUUGUAACAUUAACUAUAGCUGUAGCUGUAGCUGUAAGCACGCGAUUAAUAGAUGGGUUUGAUGAUUGGGGAAUUAGGCUUUGGCGAGUUGACUUGACUCGGUGGGAUGGUGUGCUGUGCUUUGCUUUGAUGUGUUGUAUGUGUUGUGAUGUGUUGUGUUGUGCUGUGUGUAGGGUUAGGUUAGAUGGAUGGAUAGAUGAAUACGAGAUUGAAGCGGUCGGUCGGUCGUUCGGUCGGUCAUUUGUUAGGUUCCGGCUGCACCGGAUGGGAUGAGAUGAGAUGGGAUGAUUCGGAUUGAUUGAUUGAUCACGGUGUGCUGUUGAUACGAGGUGGAGAUGAAGAUGGAAGGCUGUUUGAGAGAGAUGGUGUAGAUGAUGCGUUACAGUUUAUGCAUGGUGGGUUUGUGGUUGUGAUUGUGGUGUUGGUUUUUUUAUGAAAGAGUUUUGAUUUCGAUUUUGUUCUUGUUUUUGAGUAUUUGGUUUUGUUU